UUUUAACUUGUACUUUCUGAUUAUCAACAUUUAUAACUUAUAAUAAAUUACCCCAAACAUUCGGUGUGGGAACACGGAUUUUGUGUCUCUCUCUCCCCUCAGGUAACCUUGUUCAAGUAACACCCACCCACCUACCAAAACAACAUUAGUUACAUCCUCUUUUGACUACAAACAUCCUUCUAAUAUUAACAAAGUACUUAUGUUCAACACAAUGUUCAAUAUCCUACAUUCUUCAAUCUCACUUGUAUUAUAUAUAUAUGUUACAGUGCCACCAUGAUAAGUACAACAGCCAAAAAUGGUACUCUCUCUUUACUCUCUGCAUUUCAUGCUUCUAACUUUCUCCAUUUUUGGCUUCCUCAGCUUGUUGGAUGCAGGUGCUCCCCCUCCUUUAACACUAGACUACUAUGCAUCUACUUGCCCAAAUGCUCUUGAUAUUGUCAAGAAAGAAAUGGAAUGUGCAGUGACGUCCGAUCCACGUAACGCCGCCUUCAUCCUUCGUCUCCAUUUCCAUGACUGCUUUGUUCAGGGAUGCGAUGGAUCGGUUUUGUUAGACGACACAUUCACUCUGCAAGGAGAAAAGAAAGCUGCCAUUAAUAUAAAUGCCCUGAAAGGUUUCAGGAUCAUUGACAGAAUCAAGAACAAGCUGGAGUCGGAGUGCCCCAGCACAGUCUCAUGUGCUGAUAUCCUCACCAUUGCUGCAAGGGAUGCUGUUAUUCUGGUUGGUGGACCUGAUUGGGAUGUGCCUCUGGGGAGAAAUGACUCAAAAACAGCAGGGUAUGCAAUGGCAGAUCAAAAUCUUCCAACUUCAGAUGAGGGACUUGUCUCUAUUAUCUCCAAGUUUGUUUACCAAGGCCUCUCAGUCACUGAUAUGGUUGCUCUUUCUGGGGCUCAUACAAUUGGAAUGGGACGGUGCGUGAAUUUUCGGGAAAGAAUUUAUGGAGAUUUUGAUGCAUCUUCACGGGGGAAUCCAAGUUCUGAGACAUAUCUCAAUAGCUUGAAAGCCAUGUGCCCGGCUGCAGGAGGAGGAGACAAUGAUGAAACUGCUAUGGACUAUGUAACACCUAAACUUUUCGACAAUUACUUUUAUCAAACAUUGUUGAAAGGGGAGGGAUUACUAAACUCUGAUCAAGAACUCUACUCCAGUGUUUUUGGAAUUCAAACAAAGAAGCUUGUGCAAAUGUAUGCUGAAGACCAGAUGGCGUUCUUCGAGCAAUUCUCAGAGUCCAUGGUGAAGUUGGGAAACAUUACAAAUCCAGACACCUCUGAUAAUGGGGAGGUUAGGAAGAACUGCAGGUUUGUGAACACAUAGAGAGAGUUAUGAUUUGUUGUUUGCAAUAUUUGUUUGUCUUGUCAAGAAGUGAAAUUCACAAAUUUUAUGUACAUCAGAUACUAAAAUUUGAAAUUUGUUUAUGAUUCA